AUGGGACACAAGAUAGCAGUCCCUCCCUUCAAAUCCUAUCAAGGCAAAAGCAGUCUUUUCCCCCAAGCGCCACAAACCCACGUUCACUCCUACCAGAACCUUUUCAUCGCAUCCUCUGCAUCAAACUAUGACGCUGUCGACGGUGCAAACAGACGACGUACGGGCAUUUGGUCUCACCCCGAGCUUGCCUACGAGGAGCACUACGCUCACGAUACCAUUUGCAAUUUCCUCGAGAAACAGGGAUUCACCGUCACACGCCACGCGUAUGGUCUAGAUACAUCGUUUGAGGCAUUGAGUGGGUCGGGUGGAAGAUUGAUCAAUUUCAAUGCGGAAUACGACGCACUCCCCGGCAUCGGACAUGCUUGCGGCCACAAUCUCAUCGCCACCAGCAGUAUCGCCGCCUUCCUCGCCCUUUCCUUUACAUUGAAAAAAUAUGGGAUUCCGGGCCGAACACAGUUGCUAGGCACCCCAGCCGAGGAGAACGGAGGUGGAAAGGCGAAACUUAUCGACGCGGGGGCAUAUAAAAACGUGGAUAUUUCUCUCAUGGCCCAUGGUGGUCCCAAGAAAGUCUUCCCAGACCAGGGGCCUGCUGAUGGAAUCGCUGGAACCCUGAUGAAUGCUCGUAUGAACAUUCAGUGUCAGUUCACAGGGAAAAGUGCACAUGCAGGCGGCAACCCCUGGGACGGAAUCAAUGCACUGGAUGCGUUGGUGACGUCCUAUAACAAUGUUGCCAUGCUACGGCAACAGCUUCUACCCGAACAACGGAUUCACUGCGCGUUCAUGGACACCCCGAAAGUGGCCAAUGUGAUCCCGGAGCGUACCACGGCCUUUUGGCAGGUUCGGAGUCCGUCGCUCAAGGGUCUGAAACUCCUCGUGGCCAAAGUACGCAACUGUAUCGAGGCCGGCGCGCUGGCGACGGGCUGUCAGGUGGCCAUUCAGGAAGAGGAGCUCUACACUGAUGUGCGACUUAACGAUACUCUUUGCGAACGAUAUCAAGUCCAUAUGGGCGGAUAUGGCCGAAAGGUACUGAAGCGCCACGACAAGGUGUUGACGGCCUCAUCAGAUAUUGGAAACGUCAGUUACGUGACACCCACACUGCACACGAUGUUUGGAAUUCCGACUCCGGACAAUACCUUCCCGCAUCACCCCAACUUUGCCGCCUCGGCUGGAACAGACGAGGCACACAUAGAGGCUGUUACCGUGGGCAAGUCGCUCGCCUUGACCGGGUGGGACAUGAUCACAAAUGAUGGAUUGUAUGAAAUGGCACACCGUCAGUGGCAGGAGGAGAUUGCACGGGAUUAG